GCGCUGCGCCCGAAGCGGCGGUCGGUAGCGGUGGUAGCGGCGGUAGUGGCGGCGACGGUUUCGUGUUGGCCGCGCGCUGCUCCUUGAGCGGCGGGUGGCGGAGGGCCCGGGCCCUCACUCCUGACACUUCCCUUCUCCCACCGUGUCGCGCUUUCUGGAACAAGGAUGUUUAAUAAAUCAUUUGGAACACCCUUUGGGGGUGGCACAGGUGGCUUUGGCACAACUUCAACAUUUGGGCAGAAUACUGGUUUUGGCACCACUAGUGGAGGGGCAUUUGGAACAUCUGCCUUUGGUUCUAGCAACAAUACUGGAGGCCUUUUUGGAAAUUCACAGACUAAACCAGGAGGAUUGUUUGGUACGAAUUCAUUUAGCCAGCCAGCUACCUCCACAAGCACUGGUUUUGGGUUUGGCACAUCAACAGGAACAUCCAACAGCUUGUUUGGAACUGCAAGUACAGGAACCAGUCUUUUCUCAUCCCAAAACAAUGCCUUUGCACAAAAUAAACCAAGUGGCUUUGGGAAUUUUGGAACAAGUACUAGCAGUGGGGGACUCUUUGGAACUGCAAAUACCACCUCUAACCCUUUUGGUAGCACAUCUGGCUCUCUCUUUGGGCCAAGUAGUUUUACAGCUGCUCAUACUGGGACUACCAUUAAAUUUAAUGCUCCAACUGGUACAGAUACUAUGGUCAAAGCUGGAGUUAGCACUAACAUCAGUACUAAGCACCAGUGUAUUACUGCUAUGAAAGAAUAUGAAAGCAAGUCACUAGAGGAACUUCGUUUAGAGGAUUAUCAGGCUAACCGGAAAGGCCCACAAAACCAGGUGGGAGCAGGUACCACAACUGGCUUGUUUGGCUCUUCUCCAGCCACCUGCAGCACUACAGGACUCUUCAGCUCUUCCACCACUAAUUCAGGCUUUGCAUAUGGUCAGAACAAAACUGCCUUUGGAACUAGUACAACUGGAUUUGGAACAAAUGCAGGUGGUCUUUUUGGCCAACAAAAUCAACAGACCACUAGCCUCUUCAGCAAGCCAUUUGGCCAGGCUACAACCACCCAGAACUCUGGCUUUCCUUUUGGUAAUACCAGUACACUAGGACAGCCAAGCACUAACACCAUGGGUUUAUUUGGAGUAACCCAAGCCUCACAGCCUGGAGGUCUUUUUGGGACAGCUACAAACACCAGCACUGGGACAGCAUUUGGCACAGGAACGGGUCUCUUUGGGCAAACCAGUACUGGAUUUGGUGCUGUUGGUUCGACCCUGUUUGGCAAUAACAAGCUUACUACAUUCGGAACCAGCACAACCAGUGCUCCUUCAUUUGGUACAACCAGUGGCGGGCUCUUUGGUAACAAACCAACCCUGACUUUAGGAACCAAUACAAACACUUCCAAUUUUGGUUUUGGCUCUAAUACCAGUGGGAAUAGUAUUUUUGGAAGCAAACCAGCACCUGGAACUCUGGGAACUGGGCUUGGAGCAGGAUUUGGAACAGCUCUUGGUGCUGGACAGGCAUCUUUAUUUGGCAACAACCAACCUAAGAUCGGAGGGCCUCUGGGUACAGGAGCCUUUGGGGCCCCUGGAUUUAAUACCACGACAGCCACUUUGGGAUUUGGAGCCCCCCAGGCCCCAGUAGCUUUGACAGAUCCAAAUGCUUCUGCUGCACAGCAGGCUGUUCUCCAACAGCACAUCAACAGUCUAACAUACUCACCUUUUGGAGACUCUCCUCUUUUCCGGAAUCCCAUGUCAGACCCUAAGAAGAAAGAAGAGAGAUUGAAACCAACAAAUCCAGCAGCCCAGAAGGCUCUCACUACACCUACUCAUUAUAAACUGACUCCCCGCCCUGCCACCAGAGUUCGACCAAAGGCUUUACAGACAACAGGCACAGCCAAGUCACAUCUCUUUGAUGGGCUGGAUGAUGAUGAACCAUCCCUAGCCAAUGGAGCAUUCAUGCCCAAGAAGAGCAUCAAGAAGUUGGUUUUGAAGAACCUUAGCAAUAGCAAUCUCUUUUCUCCUGUUAAUCGUGAUGCAGAAGAUUUAGCUUCACCAUCUGAGUAUCCAGAAAACGGAGAGAGAUUCAGUUUCCUGAGCAAAUCUGUUGAUGAGAACCAUCAGCAGGAUGGAGAUGAUGAUUCUCUUGUGUCACGUUUUUAUACUAACCCUAUUGCCAAACCCAUCCCUCAAACCCCAGAGAGUGCUGGAAAUAAGCACAACAGCAGCAGCAGUGUGGAUGAUACUAUUGUUGCAUUAAACAUGCGUGUUGCCUUACGAAAUGGGCUAGAAGGAAGCAGUGAAGAGACCUCUUUCCAUGAUGAGUCACUGCAGGAUGAUAGAGAAGAAAUAGAAAAUAAUACUUACCACAUACAUCCAGCAGGCAUUGUUCUCACUAAGGUUGGUUACUAUACUAUUCCAUCUAUGGAUGACCUUGCUAAAAUUACCAAUGAAAAAGGAGAAUGCAUUGUGUCUGACUUCACUAUUGGUCGUAAAGGUUAUGGUUCAAUCUAUUUUGAAGGAGAUGUGAAUUUGACAAAUUUAAACUUGGAUGAUAUUGUGCAUAUCCGAAGGAAAGAAGUUAUUGUCUACUUAGAUGAUAACCAAAAACCCCCUGUGGGUGAAGGGCUAAAUAGGAAGGCUGAAGUUACAUUGGAUGGAGUUUGGCCAACAGAUAAAACAUCUCGUUGUUUAAUAAAGAGUCCAGAUAGACUUGCUGAUAUCAACUAUGAGGGGAGACUGGAAGCAGUUUCAAGGAAACAGGGAGCUCAAUUCAAAGAGUACCGGCCUGAAACUGGUUCUUGGGUCUUUAAGGUCUCCCAUUUUUCUAAAUAUGGCCUUCAGGAUUCAGAUGAAGAAGAGGAAGAGCGGCCAUCCACAACUAGUACAAAGAAGUUGAAGACUGCCCCUGUGCCUCCUACAGGCCAAGCCACCCCAUUCCAGAUGGCUCUUAAUGGCAAACCAGCACCUCCAACCCAGAGCCAGAGCCCAGAGGUGGAACAGUUAGGGAGGGUUGUGGAACUGGACAGUGACAUGAUAGAUAUCACCCAGGAACCAGUUUUGGAUUCCAUUUUAGAAGAGAGCAUGCCUGAGGAUCAAGAACCUGUGUCAGCCUCAACACAUAUUGCGUCUUCACUGGGAAUUAAUCCACAUGUCUUACAGAUCAUGAAAGCAUCAUUGCUUGCUGAUGAAGAAGAUGUAGAUAUGGUCCUGGAUGAACGCUUCAACCGCCUUCCUUCCAAAGCAGAUUCUUCUCAAGAAAUUUGUUCUCCCAGACUCCCCAUUUCAGCAUCCCACUCAUCGAAAUCCCGCUCAUUAGUUGGUGGGUUACUACAAUCAAAAUUUACAAGUGCAGCUUUUCUUUCACCAAGUGCCUCUGUGCAAGAAUGUCAUACUCCCAGAGCAACAUCUUUAAUGAAUAUCCGAUCCACAUCCCCUUGGUCUGUGCCUCCACCCCUUACCUCUGUGUUUACAGUACCCAGCCCAGCCCCUGAAGUUCAGUUGAAAACAGUGGGUACACGUAGGCAGCCAGGCCUAGUCCCUCUUGAAAAGUCUGUCACUUAUGGCAAGGGGAAACUCUUGAUGGACAUGGCCCUAUUUAUGGGACGCUCAUUUCGUGUUGGUUGGGGCCCCAACUGGACUCUUGCUAAUACUGGAGAACAGCUGAAUGGCUCCCAUGAACAGGAAAAUCAUCAGAUUGCUGAUUCUAUCGAGUAUGGAUUCCUGCCCAAUCCAGUAGCUGUUAAAUCUAUAACUGAGUCCCCAUUCAAAGUUCAUUUGGAAAAACUCAGUUUGAGACAAAGGAAGUUGAACGAGGACCUGCAAUUAUACCAAACACCUCUGGAGCUCAAAUUAAAACAUAGCACAGUCUAUGUGGAUGAGCUGUGUCCUCUCAUUGUCCCCAAUCCAGGAGUUGCUGUCAUUCAUGAUUAUGCAGAUUGGGUUAAAGAAGCAUCAGGAGAUUUACUGGAAGCACAAAUUGUGAAGCACUGGAGCCUGACAUGGACAUUAUGUGAGGCCCUAUGGGGUGACCUGAAGGAGCUUGAGAACCACCUGGAUGAGCCCAGUGAAUACAUUCAGAUGCUGGAGCGUCGAAGAGCUUUCUCCCGGUGGUUGUCCCAAACUGCCUCACCUCAAAUUGAAGUGGAAGUCUCCUCAACACAGAAAGAGAGCCCUGUGGAGGCUGUCUUUAGCUACCUCACAGGCAAGAGAAUCAGUGAGGCCUGCUGUCUGGCCCAGCAGUCAGGUGAUCAUCGUCUUGCCCUUCUUUUAUCCCAGCUGGUAGGUAGCCAGUCAGUCCGGGAGCUGCUCACCAUGCAGCUGGCGGAUUGGCAUCAGCUCCAGGCUGACAACUUCAUCCAGGAGGAGAGAUUGCGCAUCUUUACCUUACUGGCUGGAAAACCGGUGUGGCAGCUCUCAGAGCAGAAGCAAAUCAAUGUGUGCUCCCACCUGGAUUGGAAACGGUCCCUAGCUGUCCAUCUUUGGUAUCUCCUUCCACCUACAGCCUCCAUUUCCAGGGCACUUAGCAUGUAUGAAGAAGCAUUUCAGAAUACCUCUGAGGGUGAAAGAUAUGCCUGCUCCCCACUUCCUUCAUAUCUGGAAGGCUCGAACUAUGUGGUGGAACGGGGGCAAGAGUCAAGGAGACCACUUCGAGAUGUGUGCUUUCACCUUCUUAAACUCUACAGUGACAGACAUUAUGAUCUCAGCCAGCUUCUGGAGCCUCGAAGCAUAACGGCUGACCCCUUGGACUACCGCCUAAGUUGGCAUUUGUGGGAGGUGCUGCGGGCUCUUAACUACACCCAUCUAUCAGAGCAGUGUGAAGGUGUGCUGCAAGCCAGCUAUGCUGGACAACUGGAGAGCGAGGGAUUGUGGGAAUGGGCCAUCUUUGUCCUACUGCACAUUACCAACUCAAGCAUGCGUGAGAAGGCUGUUCGAGAGCUGCUCACCCGACACUGCCAACUAUUAGAAACUCCUGAAUCUUGGGCUAAGGAGACUUUCCUGACCCAGAAGCUGUGUGUGCCUGCUGAGUGGAUUCAUGAGGCCAAAGCGGUGCGAGCACAUAUGGAUUCUGACAAGCAUUUGGAGGCCCUCUAUUUAUUUAAGGCUGGGCACUGGAACCAUUGCCACAAACUCAUCAUCCGGCACCUAGCUUCAGAUGCCAUCAUUAAUGAGAACUAUGACUACCUGAAGGGGUUCUUGGAAGACCUGGCACCUCCAGAGCGCAGCAGCCUAAUUCAUGACUGGGAUACAUUGGGGCGUGUUUACUUGGACUAUAUUCAGGUCAUUGAAAUGCUCCACCAUAUCCAGCAGGUGGAUUGUUCAGGUUAUGAGCUGGAGCAGUUACACACCAAAGUGACCUCACUGUGCAACCGGAUAGAGCAGAUCCAGUGUUACAGUGCCAAGGACCGCCUGGCUCAGUCAGACAUGGCCAAGCGCAUAGCCAACCUGUUGCGAGUAGUAUUGAGCCUCCAGCAUGCCCCCGAUGCGACCUCUGACUCAACACCAGAUCCUCGGCAAGUCCCAUUACGCCUGCUGGCUCCCCACAUUGGCCGGCUCCCCAUGCCUGAGGACUAUGCCUUAGAAGAACUGCGCAGCCUCACACAAUCUUACCUGCGAGAACUGACUGUUGGGAGCCAGUGAACCCAGGCUCUUCCCACUCACAUGCUCAUUCACACUCACCACACAGAAGUCCCCUGGUUUGACUAGCACUAUUUGCCAUGCUCUAGGAUGGGCUUUGGAAUCCACCUUCCCUUCCUGCUGCCCCAAGUAGCAUCCUCCACUUGUACAGGGCUUUUCUUAAUACUGAACAUAGCAUAUGGGCUCUGGAACCCAAACAAGGAACCAAUCUCCUUUUACCAGCCUUUUUUUUUCCCCCUCCCUCUUUUUUCUUUUUAAAAAUGGUUAAUAAAGCACCUUUACCAGAACUCCCCAAAGAAUCAGGGAAUCCUUUUCCACCCCUAUCCAAAAUAGAUCUUGUGAGCCUCCAUGCCUAUUAACCUUAUCCCUACCCCAGCCUGUCCUACUCCUACUCUUUAAAAGUAGUAGGACAAGUGAGGUGACAAAUGUGUUGAUCUAGGACUGUUCUGCCUUAACAGAUGAUCUAUCCACAGAAGGAAGGAGAAUCUGUCUCUUAAGUAGGUUGAUUAGUAAACUCUGAGUUUGGGGAUCAGAAGAGGGUCAGGCUGAAUUUCGGAAGCAGAACAGUCUUUGUAGCCCACUUAGGGUCGAAGUGAGCUCCAAUCUGCAUUCUGUCCCAGAAUGUCCCAGAAUGUUCCAUGAACACCAUACCUUCCCUAGUACCAUGAGCAGUGGUCCUUGGUCAUAUAUCCUGUCUCUGGGAAGCCACAACUUCCAGAACUUGGUUUGGUCCCUGGUUCUCAGUCAUCUUGCUAGGCCUCCUGUCUGAUUUGCUUGAAGAGUUUGGAUAAAAACAUGGGUAUCCCUCCCUGUUCUAACCACAAAGCAUUUCCCUUCCAUCUGCCCUCUCAGAAGGUAAAAUCAGUAUUGAGGCAAGAAGGAGCUGGGCUUUGGGGGCAGGCAGAGGGCCGUUGUUACACUGCUCCCAGCUAUGGGAGCCCCAGGUAAUGGCCUGAGACACACCUGGCGUUAGGGCUGUCACAAAAAAACAUGGUCACCCCUGGGUCUUUAUGCAUGAAGAUUAUGUAAAGGUUUUUAUUGAAAAAAAAAUUAUAUAUAUAUAUAAAAAUAAAUGAUCUAGAUUAUUUUCCUCUUUUUCUGAAGCUUUCUUAAAAAAAUAAAUAAAAUGAACUGUUUAUAGCA